CUAAUCGGAACCCUAGUUUCUCUGUAAUCGAACCAUGUCUCACUACUCAGACGACGAUUAUUCACAUGAGGAUGAUUCGGAGAUGGAGGAGGAGGAGGAGGACGAAGACGAAUAUGAGCCGAGAAGUAGCCGCAAAGGAAGCUCAGGGAAGAAAAGGGGAAGAUCAAAUUCAGAUUCUGAUGGUCGUCGAGGGAGUAAAAAGAAGUCUUCGGGUUCCGCCUUCAUUGACUGGGAGGUUGAGGUAGAUGACGACGUCGAAGACGACGACGAUGAUGUUGAAGAUGAUAACGGUUUCAUUGUAAGUGGUGAAACUGACCUUCCUAGUGAGGAUACUAAUCAUCAUAGGCAAUUUUACCAACGGGGGUUUAAUCCUCAUGAAGAAGAUGUCGACGAGUUUGAGAAGAGAACUUUGGAAAGGUUGUCUUCUAGGAUGCAUGCAGAGGAUGAUUAUGAGCUUGAUGAGGUUAACGACAUUGAUCAACAAGCGCUUUUGCCAUCAGUCCGUGACCCAAAACUGUGGUUGGUCAAAUGUGCGAUUGGCCGUGAAAGAGAACUUGCUGUUUGUCUUAUGCAAAAAAUCAUAGAUAGAGGAUCAGAGUUCAAGAUUAGAUCUGCUAUUGCCCUUGAUCAUCUUCAAAACUAUGUUUACAUUGAAGCGGAUAUGGAAGCUCAUGUGAAAGAGGCUAUCAAGGGCAUGCGGAAUAUUUAUGCUAAUCAGAAGAUUUUACUUGUCCCCAUAAAAGAAAUGACAGACGUUCUUUCUGUCGAAAGUAAAGCAAUUGAUCUAUCCCGUGAUACAUGGGUUAGAAUGAAACUUGGGAUAUAUAAGGGUGAUCUAGCUCAGGUGGUUGAUGUUGAUAAUGUGCGUAAGAGGGUCACAGUCAAGUUGAUCCCAAGAAUUGAUAUGCAGGCUCUAGCCAAUAAGCUGGAAGGAAGAGAGAAUGUCAAGAAGAAAGCUUUUGCUCCACCUCCACGUUUCAUGAACAUUGAUGAGGCAAGGGAACUUCACAUACGUGUUGAGCACCGGCGUGAUCCAAUGACGGGUGACCACUUUGAGAAUAUCGAUGGUAUGCUUUUCAAAGAUGGUUUUCUUUACAAGAAAGUAUCGACGAAGUCAAUUGCUGCUCAGAAUAUUACACCAACCUUCGAUGAACUUGAAAGAUUCAAGAGACCAAAUGAAAAUGGGGAGAUCGACUUCGUUGAUCCCUCCACUUUAUUUGCAAAUAGAAAGAAGGGUCAUUUCAUGAAAGGUGAUGCGGUUAUUGUUAUCAAGGGGGAUCUUAUAAACUUAAAGGGUUGGAUUGAGAAAGUAGAUGAAGAGAAUGUUCUUAUCAGACCGAAUAUGAAAGGUCUUCCUAAUCCUAUUGCGGUAAAUGAGAGAGAGCUUUGCAAAUACUUUGAACCUGGAAAUUUUGUGAAGGUUGUGUCUGGCAUCCACAUAGGAGGAACUGGCAUGGUUGUCAAAGUUGAUCAGCAUAUGCUUAUCAUUCUGUCUGAUACAACCAAAGAACAUAUUCGCGUCUUCGCUGAUCAUGUCGCCAAGAGUGCAGAAGUGACUAAUGGUGUCACAAAAAUUGGAGACUAUGAACUUCAUGAUCUUGUGAUUCUAAGUGACUUGAGCUUUGGAGUAAUCAUAAAACUUGAUAGUGAAGCUAUCCAGAUUCUUAAAGGGGUUCCUGACAGCUCAGAGGUCUCUAUUGUCAAAGCCAGCGAAAUAAAAUACAAAAUUUGGAAGAAAAUCAAUGUGCAAGACCGUUACAAAAAUGUCAUCUCGGUGAAAGAUAUUGUCAGGGUUAUUGAGGGUCCUAGCAAAGGUAAACAAGGUCCAGUGGUGCAAAUCUACAAAGGAGUGUUGUUUAUACAUGACCGGCAUAACCUUGAACACACUGGAUUUAUCUGCACUAGAUGCUCAUCUUGUGUUUUAGUUGGUGGAUCAUAUUCCGGCGCGGACAGAAUUGUUGAUCCCUUCUCUAGGUUUGGCAAUUUCAAGACACCAGCCCCGGUUCCUCCAUCUCCUAGAAGAUUUCAACGGGAAGACAUGGGAUAUAAUCGGGGUUAUGGAGCUGGAGGGAGGGGUGGACGAAGGGGAAGGGGUGACGAUCUUCUGGUAGGUACUUAUGUGAAAAUUCGUAUGGGGUCUUUCAAGGGAUAUACGGGGCGUUUAGUUGAAGUCAAAGAUAAGUUAGUGCGUGUGGAACUCGAGGCCAAGAUUGUGACAGGCAAGCUCCACUUUGAUCGGCAGGCGAUAUCAGAUAUGACCAAUAAUGUAGCCACACCCUCUCAGUAUAAUAUGGGAAGCCAAACUCCUAUGCAUCCUUCCCGGACUCCACUUCAUCCUUGUAUGACUCCGAUGCGGGAUUCCGGAGCUACACCUAUCCAUGAUGGAAUGAGGACACCUAUGCGUGGUAGAGCUUGGAAUCCUUACAUGCCGAUGAGUCCUCCUAGGGAUAACUGGGAAGAUGGGAACCCGGGAUCAUGGGGAGCGAGUCCAUAUGAAGCAUCUACGCCUGGAUCAGGAUGGGGUAGUAGUACUCCUAGUCGUAGUAGUUACACUGAUGCUGGAACACCAAUAAACAAUGCUAAUGCCCCAAGUCCUAUGACACCAAGCUCAGCUUCCUACCUACCUACCACACCCGGAGGACAACCAAUGACUCCUGGAACCGAUCUCGAUGUCAUGUCUCAUGAUUUAGGUGGAGAUGUAGAAACAAGGUUUGUGACUGGUAUUUUGGUCAACGUACACAAAGCUGGAGAGGAUAGUAAACCCGGUGUCAUCCGAGAUGUUCUUCCGGAUGGCUCAUGUGUAGUCGCACUUGGACACAGAGGUAAGGUCAUUGGUGAAGACGGAUGGGACGGUAUAGUCAAGCUAGAUGAAAGUCUCGAUGUCAAGAUAAUGAAGCUGGCUAUAUUAGCCAAGUUAGUUCAUGAGUGACCCAUUUCUCAUGAUUUAGGAAAUCCAUAGGAUCGUCUAUAGUAGUUGCUAAUUAAUUUUGCUCUUACAU